CCUCUCUUCACUAAUUCCCAUUUCCCAAUUCUCUCUCUCUCUCUCUCUCUUAAUUCACCAAAACUAAAAACCAAAAACUAAAAAAACGAUGUGUCGUUCCGAGGAGACCUUGGAAGCCACUUCUGUCGUGGUCGAUUCAAAAUUCAAUUCCCGUCCUGUCCUUCAACCCACUGGUAACCGUGUCCUCGACCGCCGUAAUUCCCUCAAAAAACAACACCCUUCUCUCAAACCCCCUUCCGCCGCCGCCGUCUCCCCCACUUCUCCUAAAUCCAAAUCCCCCCGUCCUCCGGCCACCAAACGAGCCAAUGACGGUAAUAAUCCCAUGAACUCCAGCUCCGAGAAGAUCCUCAUUCCGGCCGCAGUGUCACGGCCCAGAGCUACGUUGGAUAGAAAGAAAUCGAAAAGCUUUAAACUGGGUGGAAAUGGGAAUGUGAUUUGUGAUAAUGGUGGGUUUGAGGUGGCGUAUGCUUCUUCUUUGAUUACUGAAUCGCCGGGAAGUAUCGCCGCCGUGAGAAGAGAACAGGUGGCGCUGCAACAGGCGCAGAGGAAAAUGAGAAUUGCUCAUUACGGAAGAUCUAAAUCUGCUCGUUUUGAAAAAAUCGUUCCUCUUGAUUCUAAAAUUAAACCCGCUGUUGAAGAUAGAAGAUGUAGCUUCAUCACUCCCAAUUCAGAUCCCAUUUAUGUUGCUUACCAUGAUGAGGAAUGGGGUGUCCCUGUUCAUGAUGACAAGAUGCUGUUUGAAUUGCUGGUUCUAAGUGUAGCCCAGGUGGGUUCGGAUUGGACUUCAAUUCUGAAGAAACGUCAAGAUUUCAGGAAUGCAUUUUCAAGUUUCGAUUCAGAAAUUGUGGCAAAUUUUUCGGACAAACAAAUGGUUUCAAUCAGCACAGAAUAUGGCAUCGACAUCAACAGAGUCCGAGGAGUUGUGGAUAACGCAAUUCGAAUCCUCCAGAUUAAGAAGGAAUUUGGGUCAUUCGACAAAUACAUUUGGGGAUUUGUGAACAACAAACCAUUCUCACCGCAGUACAAAUCCGGCCACAAAAUUCCGGUGAAGACAUCAAAAUCAGAAACCAUAAGCAAAGACAUGGUCCGACGAGGUUUCCGGUCCGUCGGACCCACGGUGGUUCACUCCUUCAUGCAAGCCGCCGGUCUAACCAACGACCAUCUCACCACUUGCCACAGGCACCUCCAUUGCACCUUAAUCGCCGCCGGCCGCCGUACUCCGGCUCCGACGACGACAACACCCGAAGUGGAGGAUACGGCGGCGGUUUGUGAAACACUCUAGAAUUGACUCGAGAAUUUUAAUUAACAGACAAAAAGAAAAAAUGAUAACCUUUACGAGGAGUCAAUCAACCAUGAUUUGCUUGCUAAUUAACUAGAUAACUAAAUAUAUAUCUUUGGGUUUUUCUUUUGUGGGGUUUGUGUAUAUUAUAAAAAAUAGACUUGUAAGAGAAAAAGAAAAAAAAAAGAGAUUGUGGGGUUGUGAAUUUGUGUGGUUUUUUUUCUUUCUUUUUUUUUUGUGGGAAUUUUAGUGAAAGUGUUUUAUAUAAUUAGAAGAGAAAAAGAAAAAAAGAAGAAGGUUAUUUGAAGUGGUAGGGUUAGAAUAGGAGACAGAGAGCAUGUGCUUGUGCAAUUGGGAGGCAAUGGCAUGUGAGUUUGUGUCAGUUUGCUUUUGUAAAUUCCCAUGUGAUCCAUCUAAAUUUCAAACAUUAUUAAUCAUUAUUAUCUUAUUAUUAUUCUUUUAUUUUCAA